AUGGAAUUCGAAAAUAAGCAAAAAAUCUAUUUGAAUCGGCGUCUUUUCUACACGCUUGUGUUCCUCACUCUCUUAAUUCCUGUUCUUCUGGGGUUUCUUGUGUCGCGUAUUUUCUGUUACUGCACCGCCGACCAAUCUGAGUUUGCAUUCGAUAUGUGGUCAACGCCGGUAGGCAAAAACGUCAGCGGACACUCGGCCAAAGCUAAACCAUCACCAACGCUCGGAUCCCGAGCAGUCUGGAACAAUCUGCGUCUACCCCCACACGUUGUGCCUCUUCACUACAGCGUCACCCUCUAUCCUGUAUUUGCCGGCAAUGACAGUGUGUUUUAUGGGAACGAGAGCCUUAUCUUCUUUGUGAGAAACGCAACUCGCCACAUUCUACUGCAUAGUAAACGCCUAAACGUAACAUUGGUCGCACUGAGUGCCAAUUCGACGGGUGAACGCAUCGGCGUAAGGAAAUGCUUCCUCUUCGACCCGUUCGACUAUUGGAUUGUGGAGACAGUCAAAGAGAUUCCGGCCAACUGGGUCGUUAAUUUAACGCUCACAUUCCAUGGAGUUUUGACCAAAUACAGACGCGGUUUCUUCAAGAAAACUUACACGGAUUUUCGAACCGAUACAACAAGUUUCUUUUCUCGCACUUCUCGCUUGUGGAACACUCUCUCUCUCUCUCUCUCUCUCUCUCUCUCUCUCUCUCUCUCUCUCUAA